AUGGGAGAUCACAAAGAGCCGACCAUGGUGCAGAGGUCGAGUUCGUUUAGCAUCAAGAGCCUCCUGCUGCCGUCCAAGUUUGACAGCCAGGGCGCAGGGGUCGCGGAAAACAGCGCGACUCCGGAUUCGGAAAAAUCCUCGGAACCGACGGAAAUGGACUCCACACCCCUGCAGCAGCGAGGUGAGGACGAAUCGGGACCGGAAGCAGUGCGAAAAAGCGGCAAACACGACAAACCGCCGUUCAGCUACAACGCGCUCAUCAUGAUGGCCAUUCGCCAAAGUCCCGAGAAGCGGCUCACGCUCAACGGCAUCUACGAGUUCAUCAUGAAGAACUUCCCGUACUACCGGGAGCACAAGCAAGGCUGGCAGAACUCCAUCCGACACAAUCUCAGCCUCAAUAAGUGCUUCGUGAAAGUGCCGCGCCAUUACGACGACCCGGGAAAAGGGAACUACUGGAUGCUGGAUCCGUCCAGCGAUGACGUGUUUAUCGGUGGGACAACAGGAAAGCUCCGCAGGAGGUCGGCCACAUCACGGGGUAAGCUGGUGAUGAAACGAGGCCUACGUUUCGCCCCACUCGGACUCGGACUCGGUGAGCGCGCGAGUAACCCGCUUUGCUGGCAGCUGUCUCCGUUUCUGCCCUUACCUCACGCGCACUACAACGGACCCGCGCACGGGUUUCUUAACCACGGACACGCGUACGGGUCCCUGCUCCCGAGCAUGGAGCCCAUCACCAGCGGAGAUAUCGCCCGCCCUGUGCUCGGACCCUCCACCUCUGGUGGAUACAGCGCGAGCUCUGUGCCCACGGGAUUACUCUCAGCACACAACGGCUAUUUCGUGGCAGGAGCGCAGCAGCAGGCGCAGGCGCUCCAAACCGGCCCUGGUUACGGGAUCUCGAGCUCUCCGCCGCCGCUGCUCGCGGAUUCUAGGACCUCGUUACCGUCUUUCUCCUCGAGCGGCUUUUCUGGAGUUUUGUCACAACAUAAAAGACUCGCGCCUCAUUCCUUCCUGAGCUGA